AUGGACACACUGCGCCCGUACACGACCAACGGCAGGAUCCGGUUCCAGAUAGGCAAGCUGUAUGUAGUCAGCAAGAUCCUGGCGACGAUUAACGAGUUCCGCCACGAGGGUGUGGUGCUGCUCGUCAACAAUAAACUGCCGGGCUACAAGAACAUCUGCGCCUUUGUCGAAUCGCGGAUCCUGAAGAACCAAAUGUUUAAGAUCAAGAUUGUGGCGUGUAUCCCGGCCAAGAACGGGUACCCGGUAGAGAUCAGGGACCCCAAGCACCCGCACUAUAUUGGCCAGCGACGGUUCAACACGGUGAUUGACCUGUACCCGUCACUAACACGGGACCCGUCGAUGCUGUUGUCGCUGAGCAAUCCGGUCCAGGACUUUACAACCAUUUCGUAUGACUUUUCAAUCACGGGGAGCAAGCAGGAACGCGGCGGUGUACUAGUACAUGAGCGAGUCAGAGCACGAUUGCCUGAUUGA